AUGGAGGCAUGGCCAACACUUGGCACGCAAACAAACCCGAGCGACAAUGCAGCAGGAGGUCCAGCCGUUGGAAGUCCGGCACCGGCACCGGCGCCGACAGCUCCCUUUAGUACUUUGCCGAGCUCAUCCAUUGCGACAGAGGUACCUUUGGAUUCACAAUCACAAUUGAAUCCUUACUUUAUGCAUGCAAGUGAAAAUCCAGCUUUGGAGUUGGUAUCCACUCCUCUAGAUGGCCCUAACUAUCAUCCAUGGGCUAGGGCUGUAACCAUGGCACUAUCGUGCAAAAAUAAGCUCAUCGAUACGGCUUAUGGAGUGGGGAGAGAUUUGAAGAAGAGAUUCAGUCAACAAGAUCUCUUUCGAGUUGCAGAGAUCAAAUGCGAAAUAUAUCAAUCCAAGCAUGGGGACAACACCUUGAAUGAAUAUUUUACGCAGCAGAAGUUGUUAUGGGAUGAGUUGCAGAUACUUAGACCUCCUGUAUUCUGCGAUUUCAAUACUAGAUGCGAAUGCGGAAGGAAAAUUGACAUGAUGAAUGAGCUGUUGGAAAAGGAUAAGCUAUCCAUUUUCCUGAUCGGAUUACACGAAAGUCAAUUGUUUGAGACUGGAGAGAAUAAAGUUGCUGGAAAUGCUUUGAUGACCAGAGCACAGAAUGGACAACAACAAAGUUAUAAGAAGUUUACUGGAGGAAAUAAGAAGGCUACUUGUACCUACUGUGGAUUCAUAGGGCAUACAGAGGACAAGUGUUAUAAAAACAUGGCUAUCCACCUGGGUGGAAGCCAAGGCCUAGAAACCAAGGUACAAAAGUCACAUGGUGAGAAAGGUUUUGUGAAUAGUACACCCCUUGAACAAUCCACCUGCCAUGCCAAUACCAUUUCAGCCAACCAAAUGGAAGGUACUGAUCUUCUCUCAAAAACUGCUAAUCAUAGCACAAGUAUGCGGAUAUUAGACAAUGCCAAUACCAUUUCAGCCAACCAAAUGGAAGACAGUGGUGCUACUCACCAUAUUGUGUGCCAUAUGGAUCUAUUAUCUAAUCCCAAGGAGGUUCAUAACAUGUAUGUUAGAUUACCUAAUGGGCAGCAGGUUGCUAUCUUAUGCAUUGGAACUGUUUAUUUGUUUGAUGAGUUCAUUCUGCACAGUGCUUUGUAUAUCCCUGGCUUCUGCUAUAAUUUGAUAUCUGUGGGGGCAUUCAUUCAGAGUACCAACUGCACUAUGAGAUUGCACACUAACCAGUGUAUUAUACAUGAUGCUUUCCAUGGCAAAAUGAUUGGAAUGACUGAGCUUCAAAAUAGAUUAUACAUUUUGACUUUUCCUGGAAUACAACAUCAGACUUCAUGUGCUUACACCCCACAGCAAAAUAGUAGAGUUGAAAGGAAACAUGGACAUCUUCUAUCUACUGCAAGAGCACUGAGAUUUCAAGCCAAUAUGCCUGAAUAUUUUUGGGGAGAGUAUGUGUUGCAUUUAGCCUACAUCAUAAACAAGGUGCCUUCCAGUGCCAUCAAUGAUCAAAUACCAUAUCAGGUUCUCCUCCACAAAACACCACACUAUCACCAUUUAAAGGUAUUUGGUUGUUUGGCCUAUGCUGCCACCUUGGGCCAUAAGUCUAAAUUUGAUGCCAGAGCAAGAAAGUGUGUUUUCCUUGGAUAUGCUAAUGGAACCAAGGGCUACAAAUUGUAUGAUCUUCAUUCCAAAGAGGUGUUUGUGUUCAGAGAUGUGUCUUUCUAUGAGAACACAUUUCAUUUUCAAACCACUGUAAGCCUAGAGGAAGGAAAAUUCUCUGAACUUAUACUUCCAACUAUGACAGGAGUUUCAAUAGAACCCUCUAAUGAUUUGCAAACUCAUGUUGAUAGUAGAUAUGAGCACUUGUCUGAUGGACCAGCUGAGCACUCACCUGAAAGAACAGCUGAGCAUCUGCCUGAAACAAUAAUUGAAGCAACCAGUGGCUCAUCUGAACAGCCUAUUAGUUUUGCACCCCAAGAACCACAACAACCUCUCAAAAGGUCUGCUAGGCACAAACAAGCCCCAACAUAUCUGAGGGAUUAUGGUUGUCACAACUCUGUAUUGAAGACCUCUCCUCAUGACAUCUCCACAGUUGUAAGCUAUGCUAAGAUCUCUCAUUCAUUUCAAUCUUUUGCCAUGAAUAUUUCCUAUCAGUCAGAACCUAAGAACUACAAAGAAGCAGUGAUGCAUGACUAUUGGAGGGUAGCUAUGCAAGAAGAGAUAACUGCAUUAGAAAGAAACCAGACUUGGGAUUUGGUGGAUUUACCACCAUCAAAGAAGCCUAUAGGGUGCAGAUGGGUAUACAAGAUUAAACACAAGGAUGAUGGCACUAUUGAUAGAUACAAAGCAAGGCUAGUGGCUAAGGGGUACACUCAAACCCUUGGCAUUGACUACAUUGAUACCUUCAGUCCAGUGGCUAAGAUGACCACAAAUUAG